CUGACGUUCUUCCUUACGUACUCUGCGUGCUCAGUGCUCUUCUGGGACCGCUCACCCUUGUGCACUUUGUUUUGCACUUUUCACAUGGUUGCAGCAUAUCAACAAUAACGCCCUCCAUCUACCAGAGCGAUCAGUUAAAGCCAUGAAAAGUGUUACGGUUGCCGCAGGGAAGCGAAGGGCUAAGGUGGAGGAUGUAGAAUCGCCACCUAUGGCAAGCUGCAAGGAGGGCGUGCGAGGGAUACUGAGAGCGCUGCAGAGCUGUGUGGGGAAGCUUCAGCAGCUGAAGAUGCGGUGAAUAUGUCCAUAAACUGGGAAAAGAUCCAGUGCCUGCCUGAUGCCAAACCAGCAUUCCUGUGCGCUGUCCUUCAUCAGCACAUAUCUGAACUUCAGCCUCUUUUAGAUCAGCUUCAAACCCUUGUAAAUGGAAAAGAACAGAGUGCCGACCUACAGCACACCACAGAGGCUCCCUAUACUGUCGAUGUUGUGGAAGUGAAGGAGAACAUUAACGUUGGAAAUACUGGCACAAAACAUGCUCUAAAUAAAAACUUGGAAUGUCUACCAGAUCCCGCAGUUGUCCAGAUUCAGGCUGGAAAGUCAGAAAUCGACAGAAGGAUAUUGGCAUUCAUAGAGAGAAAGCAAGCAGAGAUCAAUGAAAACAACGUCCGGGAGUUCUGCAACGUUAUUGAUUGUAAUCAAGAAAACAGUUGUGCCAGAACCGAUGCCGUUUUCACUCCGUUUCCUGGAUCUAAGAGCCAUAUAAAAGUCUCCAGGGUUGUGAAUGCUUAUGGACCUCAGACUAGAGCUGAUGGUUCCUCUUCCAGCUCAAGGGCACAUUCUCUCCCACACGAGUGCGGGAACCAGGCUGUGGAGGAGAGGCUCCAAAAUAUUGAAUAUCACCUACAGCUAAACCCAGGAGGACCUGUGCCAAAAGACAUUUAUCAGAGAAUUAAAAAGUUAGAAGACCGAAUCUUGGAAUUAGAAGGAAUUUCCCCUGAGUAUUUUCAGUCCAUGGAGAUGCCGAGUAAAAGAAGAAAAUCACAAACUUCACAGAACUACUCACUGGUGGAGCUUGAGCAAAAAAUCAAUGCUCUCCGACAGUCCCUCUACAAAAAAGCAAAAGUUGAGUCGCUGGAGAAGAUGUAGUAGAGUCAUAUGGACUUUGGUCUGGAUAUUGCUGUCCUUGCCCCCGGAGAAUUUUGGUUCCUCCCAUUUGUCUACUUUUUUUCUGUUGCUUCCAUCAUUCCACAUUUCCAGUGACAUUGGUCUCAUCUUCAGAGUCAUUGUAAUGGGAUGGAGGGAAAACUAUCCAGAUGAAGGCCAAAAUAAUCUUGUCAUAGCUGUAGAAGACAUGUCUAAUGUAGACACUGAGCAAGGCACUGUUGUAAAUAAGUAUUUAUAUAUGGACACUUAGUUUUUUUCUUGGUUUUUGUUACAUGAUGUUUCUGCUUGGGUCUUCACCGGAUAGACAGAGUGAGACUCAGAGUGAUGAACAUUGUUUUUUUGGUUAAAUAUCCUUGAAGGGUUUUUCCAUUUCUGGUAAAUCUUCCUAUCUCACUCAUGCUCUUGUGUAGAUGAGCUCCAAAUACCCUUUUUCAGCAUUUUUGGUGUUCUUGCAUGGUCACUGUUGUCACCGCCACUGACCUGGAUGUUUAUAGCUUAAACUUCAUGGUUCGUCUGUUUCCGGCGCUCGCUCAGUUAUGGCUCCUCAUAGCCAAGUUAUCUUGGCAGUGUAAAUCUGCCUCCUGCUCCUCUGCUGCAGAACUUUCUACCUGCCACCUGUACGUGACAUCAAUGAUGAUGCCCCGUAUAUUGCCUGGAACGGAAGACAGAAUAUAGAUUCUAGGAUGGCAAAUAACAGGAAGUGCCAAAAACCCAACUAAGACUGCAGCGGCGAUAAAGGAACAAACUGUGUUUCAGAAGGGUAAGUAAUUUGUAAAUCCUCCUCCUAUCACAGGUUAAAUUACCUCUAGUCCCGGAAAACCCCUUUAAGUUCCCAAGAGGUAUCUUAAAGGCUAUGUACACCUUUGGGGGCAAUUUUGUUUUUAUUAUUGCAUUCUCAUUUUGAGCUAAAAAUCUUUUUUUUUAUUUGGUCUUUAUUAAAAAUUUAGAGCCCCUUUCUCUGUACAUAGCUGAAAUGCUCUACUAGCACAAUCUGAAUUUUCUCUCUGCUCUAUCAGCCAGCUCAUCUGAUGGCUCCUUAUCUCUGACCUUAUAAACACUCAUUAUAGCUGAAUUUUUGUCUUACUGAUAAGAAUGUGGCUUAUAAAAUAAAUGUUUAUGACCUUUUAGUCAUUCAGAGAUAAGGUUUAUUAGAUGCUGGACACAAGUAAAGUACGAUUAAGCAGCUAGAAAAACAGUUAACCCUUUGUAACAGAAUGGCUUAAUAUUUUUGAUAAAGACCAAUUGAAAAAACUUUUUGUAGGCCAAAAUGUGUAAAAUGCAAUCAUAAAGAAAAUUGCCCCCGCAGGUGUACAUAGCCAUUAGGCAUUUAUGACCUGUCAAACAGAGUUCAGUGGGGCAUGCAGGAACCCCAGUCCCCCCGAUAUAGGUUCCAUUGUUACCCCUGGGACCCUCACCUAUCUGGCGUUUAUAUGGGUUUUCCUUCCAGGAGAAUUGUCUACAAAAAGGGGACACAGAAUAGAGGACACAUGGAGCAUGGGACACUCAUUCUUGUGACUUCCAUUAACCUACCUUUGUCAUGAAUUCUGUGACUAGUAAAUGAAUGUUCCCAGUGAGAAUACACAUAAGUCAGCAAGCCAAAUUUUAAGUGGAAAAAACAUAGGUUUUACCAACAUUUUCAUUAGUAAAUUUGGGGCAUGUAAGCCCCACCCAUAGACAUGCUCCAAACCUUCCCAGUAACGCCCUCUGGUCAGGGCUUACUUAAGCCCCACCUAUUUUUGGACCAAGAAAUGUGAAUUUGCCAGAAUUGUCUCAGAAAAUUGGGGACAAUCAGACAACUUCAGGACUGGUGGAGCAGUUACAUCUGCAAAUGUGGGCAUCUUCUGCAUAUAUUAUGUAAAAAUCAUGUGUUUUGUGUUAAUGUAAGUUACCUACAUUUAUAACUCUAGACAAUUGUAUGAUGGCGUUCGUUCUGUGUGCCAGUUUUCAGAAAAUAAAAUGUCACUUUGAUAAUUGGUAGUAAUGAUGUAUUUUUGUAAAAAGUAACACACAGAAUAUGGGAUUUAGUAGCAGAAAGCUGCUUAUUUUUUCACUCGCAUAAUCAGUUACUCUAGUUGUCAGUCUGACAGGACAUUCUGUCAUAUACCAAUAUAAAAUAAAUUUGUCUCAAGAUUGUAAAUACAGUAUAUCUGUAAAAGGAAAUAUGGGAAAUUAUAUCCUGACGUGGAUGGUUGUGAGUAAUUCUGUUCUAUGUUGCAUGUACAAAAAA